AUGAUAAUAGAUGUCACUAAGAAUGAGUACCUUGGCCUUAAAGAUGACUAUUUUAAGCCUCUACCACCUGUCAAACUUUACAAAAAGAUUACUUUACGCAAAUAAAAUAGAAUCGAAAAAAAAUUUAGAAGUAUUUAGAAUCAAAGUAAUAAAGAGAGGAAUGCGAUUAUUGACACGUUGAGGAAUCCUGUAUCAUAAAGAGCAUUAGUGCAUGCCCCAAGCUUCAUCUAAUAAGAGUAUAAAUCUUAGUUCAAUAGUCGCAAGCAAAGCGUUUAGUAGUUGACAGUAAAGGGGAUGCCCUCACCUGUGUUUGAGUAAUCAGGACAGGGAGAGAUAUAGUUCCUGAGCACUUUUGAUGACUAUCAAACUGAGCAGUUGCAAACACACCCGGAAGCAAGUCCUAGGUCCAUCAGACAUAGAAACUAAUCUGACUUGCUAAAGUAAAAAGACAUCAAACAUACCCCAAAUGUCAAACUGCAAUUAGAAAUGACGAAUCAAAAACUUAUAAGUGUAAAAAAGUCCAGUAUUCACUAUCCUAAUCACAGCAUGAAUAGUGGCAAUAUGCUAAUAACUGCUAAUGGAGAUAACACUCUAAAUCAUUCAGUAACUGGCACAGCGUUGGGCCUUAAUUUUACUUCCGAAAGCAGGCCUAAGAAGCUUAGGUUUAAUUUCUAAAAAACUUAGGACAACAUAGUAGUAAGAGAUCUAAAGAGUGAUAGGUCUAAGCAUAAUUUUAUCUAGAGACCUGAAUAAAUAUUGGAUGGCUACAAUAACAAAAGAUCUAGGUUUAAUAUAAGAAUACCAGAUUAUAGAAAUCUUGAGAAUGAAAAACAAAGGAUAGUGUUCGCUUAGAACUCAACUGAAUGGAGGCCUCAGGAGUUUUAAUUUCCAUCAAUAUCCCGCAGAGAUAUAAAUACUUAAUCAUCGACAGAAAGGGAAUUAUUUGAAAGACUCAUGAUAAGAUUAAAUGAUAUUGGGUUCAAUAGAAAUAAUGUAUUACUCUCUAAAAUCAAUUACAAUUGA